AUGGCGAACAUUGCAUUUCCUCAACAUGCUAAACAUCUUACUCUCCCCACGAGUCACACCUACAGCUACAUCUAUAUCCCUGCCUCAAAGCCUUCCUUUACAACUAUACUCUUUCUGCAUGGAUUUCCCUCUUCUUGCUUUGACUGGCGCCACCAGAUACCCUUUUUCUCAGACCUAGGCUACGGGGUCCUUGCCCCAGAUCUACUGGGCUAUGGCGGAACCAGCAAACCCAUUUCGGCAGAGGCAUACCGAGCGAAAAAGAUGGCCACAGAGAUCACAGAGAUCCUGGAUCACGAAGGAUUACAACGUGUCCAUGCUGUGGCCCACGACACGGGUUGUAUCCUACUCUCCCGAAUGGCCAACUAUGUCCCCGACCGGCUCUUAUCGAGCUCGUUCCUGGCGGUGCCGUAUUCUAGACCUGGAGAACACUUCGACCUGGCAGCAGUCAACGCAAUGACAAAACAAGUGCUGGGACAGGAACGUUUUGGGUACUUGAGUUUCUUUGUUGGUGACGAAGCAGGGUCUCUCCUAGAUCAACAUAGUGAAUCAUUUUUCAUUCUCUUCUACCCUGCAGACCCGGCACUAUGGACUGACCAUGUCGGGCCCACCGGUGCAAUGGAGGCAUGGCUUCGAGCCGAUCGCCAGGGACAGAAGGCGCCUUAUAUCACAGACGAGGAGCGAGUCAUCCAUCAAAAGAUUAUGCAGGGAAAUCAUGGACCCGCUCUAAAUUGGUAUCGUGUUCUUGUGGGGAAUUUGAAUCAGAAGGAUGAGCUCGACGCAGGCCUGUCGCUCAAACUGUCGCUCCCUGUUCUGAUGGUCACUCCAGCACCAAGUCCAGGCCAUUUGCCUGGGACUGGUGCGCAUAUGAAUGAAAUGGCCGAUGAUGUGACAGUGAAGGAAGUGAGCACGCCGGGACAUUGGUUGCAGCUGGAGGCUCGCGAUGAGGCCAAUGCUAUUCUGAAGGAGUUCUUUCAGCGAUGUGAUGGGACCUUGUCUGGAUUAUGA